AUGGGUGGAUAUAUGUACGGUGUCAGCGUCGGCAGUGUGCUCGGCGUGGCGGUCGAAGAGUAUAGCGACGCUGAGAGUGCGGGACUCCGCCUAGUAGCCGGCCACGUCGGCAAGUCCAUUAGGGUACUGGUUGUGGAAAAAUGGUUCCAGAAAGUCUACGGGGGCUUGUGCUUCCUAUAA